AUGUUUCCAGUAGGUCAACAAGACCUCAGACCCUUCCAGAUGUUUCCAGUAGGUCAACAAGACCUCAGACCCUUCCAGAUGUUUCCAGUAGGUCAACAAGACCUCAGACCCUUUCAGAUGUUUCCAGUAGGUCAACAAGACCUCAGACCCUUCCAGAUGUUUCCAGUAGGUCAACAAGACCUCAGACCCUUCCAGAUGUUUCCAGUAGGUCAACAAGACCUCAGACCCUUCCAGAUGUUUCCAGUAGGUCAACAAGACCUCAGACCCUUCCAGAUGUUUCCAGUAGGUCAACAAGACCUCAGACCCUUCCAGAUGUUUCCAGUAGGUCAACAAGACCUCAGACCCUUCCAGAUGUUUCCAGUAGGUCAACAAGACCUCAGACCCUUCCAGCAUAUAUAUCCCUUCCAAUUUUCAUGA